AUGCGCUCCCCUGGAGGCAUGUUCACCCCAAAGCAUGCGCCCCUCAAGGAGGGUCGUUCUUUCCCUGGCUUACCAUAUGCGGGACCAACACGACGAAGUCUACGGUCACGGCAGGGACUUCUUAUAAUUAUAUUACUGCUAUGCGUUCCUCUAAUAUACCUCCUCACCUCUGGAGGCCCAGCCUCGACAAUCCAACCCCAGAUUGUAUCGCCUGCCGAUAGAUCAAAGGAGCUUUCGUCAGACUCCGACCCCUUAUUUCGAGCGACGCCAAACGAUGCUCCAAGUCAAGAACAGCUCUCAGGCAAUGCGAUCGCUCAUGACCCCACAGAACCCAAAUCAAAUCCGGAGAUGCGUUUUGAGGCCCCUCCAGUUGAAGCACCCAUGCAAAAACCGAACACCCCUCUACAACCAGACCAGGAGGACGGACAGCCUAUUUUCUCCAAACAGGAUGAUAUAGCUACAGAGCCAAAGUCUUAUUCCCCCAAAGGGUCCAGCCAUUCAGGAUCAACCAAGCCACCGGCUAACCCCAGCUCAUUUGCCGAACGCCCCAAAUUCGAGAAGGCUCUCGCAAGAGUAAUUAGUCUUCUUCCCGGUGAAAUGGAAGGUAGAGACCUGCUACGAGCUGUUGAGGGAACCGGAAAGGAGAAACUUCGCGAAAUGGGUUUGCGGGUCCGCGAGUAUAAGAAAUUCUUCGAGGCCUGGGAAGAGCUUCAUCUCACCUUUGACGAAGAAGGCGGCAGCUACGUGCGGGACGACGUUAUCCAGUAUCUGCGGCACCAUCAACACCAACCUUCCGACGAAGACUUCGGCGAGUCCCCUCUUGCUCAAACAAUCCAUGCCUAUGAGGCAUAUCGAUACUUCUUGGUUAAGUUCGGACAACUACUCUUCCCAUGGACGGCACCCUACUUCCCUGAUCACAUGACUCUCCAUUCACAUUUCAAAAAGGGAGGCAGGGGUAUUGUCCUGACAGCAGGUGAUGACCAGGCCCCUUUCCUGCUCACAAUUAUCCCCACAUUUCGGAAACUAGGAUGCACAUUGCCAAUUGAGAUCAUGUACUUGGGUGAUUCAGAUCUCUCUGAAGACUACCGUUCUGAUCUGGAAAGCCUGGACGGUGUGCUCACUCGAGACAUUGCGCAAAUGGUGAAUGAUGAGGGCUGGAAAUUGGCGGGCUGGGCCGCAAAGCCGUUCGCAAUUCUAUAUUCCAGUUUCCGCGAGGUCAUUUUCAUUGAUGCCGACAGUCUGUUUUUCGUCAACCCGGAAGUCUUGUUCGAGGAUCCCGCCUACCAGAAAGCGGGUGCUCUUUUCUUCAGGGAUCGUCUGAUCAUGCCAGAGUCGAAGAAGCGUUGGCUUCAACAGAUUUUGCCCAAGCCCAUUUCGAGACAAGUGAAGCAAAGCCGCUUCUGGACGGGCGAUAGCGGCCACAUGCAAGAAUCGGGCGUUAUUGUGGUCGACAAAUGGCGCCACUUCAUCGCCCUUCUCUUGGUUACGCGAAUGAAUGGCCCUGACCGAGACGGAAAUAAAGACGAAGGCAGGGUCGGAAUCUAUGAUAUGGUUUACGGUGACAAAGAGACCUUCUGGCUCGGUUGGGAGCUUGUAGGAGACCAAGACUAUGCUUUCCAUCAAGGCGACGCUGGCACCAUGGGUGUCGUUCAAGAGCCCAAAAAGGAAGAGAAGAAGCCUGUAAUGGUGAAGAAGAAGAGGCCAGUCAUGGACGAAAACGGCGAGCCCAGACGGGAUGAGAACGGGGAGGAGGUUAUGGAAGAGUACGAAGUCCCGGAAGAAAUCGAAGAGCAGGAACCUGAGGACAUGCCCGAGCCCUUGAAUUACACUAUCUGUGCUCCACAGCUUCUCCAUUUGGAUGUGCAUGGCAAACCGCUUUGGUUCAACGGAUGGCUUUUGGACAACAAGUUCGCCGACAAGAAACAGAAGAAGUUCGGCAAAUUCGACCACUACCUAAUUGAGCCACGAGAUAUCCGAGAGCCCGGUGCCUGGCAAUUGGAGGAAAGCAACAUGUGCUGUCUGACAACCGACGCAGAACUGAAACGAGAUUUUUCACCGGACGAGAAGGCAGUAUUGAACAUGAUGAUCGCCCAAGCUAAGGAGGUUGGUGUCGCUGGGUGA